AUGAUAAAACCAUAAAAAUGCUUUUAUUCGAUUGAAGAUAUUUUAAGCUCAUCCUUAUUAUCUCAUACAGAGAUUGAAGUUGAUUUGAUGGAACAAUUUAUUGGUGAUGAAGGUGUAAAAUAGCUAAGCUAAAUUUUAGAUAAGUGUAUUAAUCUCUCAACUCUUAUUCUUGCUCUAAGAGAAAAUGAAAUAAGUAAUGAGGGUAUUUCUAGUUUAUGCUGUGCUUUAGGAAACUUAACAAAUAUAUUAGUGUUGAGAAUUGAUUUGAUGAAUAAUUAGAUUAACUGUAAUGGUGUAUCAUAAUUAGGUUUAGCCUUAUAAAAAUGUCAUUAACUCUAAGAUUUGACAUUGUAUUUCAGAUGGAAUCAUAUUGGAGACUUGGGAGCUUCAAAUUUAGUUUAAAGCUUAGCAAAGUGUGUAAAUCUAUAAGCUUUUACACUUGAUCUUAUUGAGAAUUAGAUAAGUGGAAAUUGUAUGUCUUAAAUAGGAUCUGUUAUUGCAAGCUUUUUAAAUCUAAAAAAUUUGACAUUCUUUUUCAGGUAUAAUACAAUUGCUGCAUAAGGUGCUAUAAAUUUAGGCUCUGCUUUAAUAAAUUGCAUUAAUCUCAAAACUUUGAGACUUGAUUUCAGGUAGACUGAAAUUGGCGACAGUGGAGCUUCAGGUUUAUUUAACGCUUUAGCAAACUGUAUAAAUCUAAGAAAUUUGACACUUGACUUAAUGGAGAAUUCAAUUACAUGUGUUGGUGCCUAAGCUAUAGGAUCUCACUUAAAAAAAUUUAAUAAUCUUGAAAAUUUAGAUCUUUGGCUGAACUCAAAUAAAAUUCGGUCAAAUGGUGCUUUAUAUUUAUGCUCUGCUUUACAAAAUUGCAAUAAUCUCAAAAUUCUAUAGCUAUUCCUUAGCAUAAAUUAAAUUGAACUCAAUUCAAAUAAUUAAUUAAAAAGUAAACUCACUAAGAUCAAGAGAUUAAUUAUCAAAAGCUUUAUUUUAUGA